AGCGGCCAAAUCCGAUCAAGGCCCGAUCCCCAAAAUCGCGACUCGCCGUGAUAAUUUACGCGGCUGUUUGUUGUCAAUACCAUACACGCUCAACAAUUCGUCGCUUUCCUCGAACAUGCCUGCGUUGGAACGCCACCUGACCAAGGCGUUGAAGUCGCGCGAGGAACGUGCUAUCAAACGCCGUCUACCUGACCCGGUGCCAACGGAAGAUCGCACCCCAUCGACCGAUCAGAUCUCUCCACGAGCACCACUAGACUUCUCGUCCAACGACUACCUCUCCCUCUCGACCUCUGCGGACCUUCGCGCCUCCUUUAUACGCGAAUGCCAGCGCGCGCCGCUCGUACUUGGCUCCGGUGGUUCCCGCCUUUUGUCGAAUCCUCCUGCGCAUGCAGCACUAGAAGCGCGUCUCGGGACAUUCUUCAACACGGCAGCAGGAGCCGAUGGCUCCUUGCUUUUCAACUCGGGCUACGACGCCAAUGUCGGCUUCUUCUCUUGCGUACCUCAACCCGGCGACUGCGUCGUGGUGGACGAACAUAUCCACGCAUCGGUGCACGACGGGGUACGCGCGUCUCGCGUCAAGGACUCUUUCAUCACUUUCUCCCACAAUGAUCUUCAAGCCCUGGAGGAGAAGCUGGACUCCUUGCUUCAACAGAAGGAGAAGUUAAGGACGGGCGAAGCGAGCAUGUUUGUGGCAGUGGAGAGCCUCUACAGCAUGGACGGAACCUUUGCGCCAUUGAAGCAGGUGGUGGACCUCCUCGGGCAUAUGUUUCCGGCCGGAAAUGCAUACCUGAUCGUCGAUGAGGCACACGCCACGGGAGUAUACGGGCCACAAGGACGGGGAAUGCUGGCGGCAUAUGGGCUGGAGAGACAUCCGUGCGUUCUGGCGAGGUUACACACGUUUGGGAAGGCGUUGGCGAGUACUGGGGCCGUCCUGCUGACCACUCCCCUUGUUCGAUCAUACCUCGUCAACUAUGCCCGGCCCCUAAUCUAUACUACCGCACUCAGCCACCCGAACAUAAUAGCGACCGGAUGUGCCUUCGACCUACUCGAAGAUGGUACCGCUGAAGCAUUAUCAGUCAGGCUGCUCGAUCUAUCUCAAUACAUGAUCGACCUCCUUCGUCAGCGCCUCCGAAACGUACCAAUGAACGUCUUAUCGCUUCCCCCGCACCUCUCCUCUGCUCCGCAUUCGUCACCUGGCGGACCUACUCCCAUCUCCAGCGGUAUGGCGGUUUAUGCUUCCAAUCCGCCCCCACCCAUCAUUCCGCUCAUGACCCCACAUCCCCGACCGCUGGCCACCUUCCUACUCACGCGGUGCAACAUCGUAGCCCGGCCCAUAACUUGGCCGACGGUUCCACGCGGAGCGGGUCGUGUGCGCAUCUGCCUGCGCUCUGGACACACGAGGAUGGACGUCGAAAGACUUGUCGAAGGCUGUGUGGCGUGGGCGUCGAGCUUUCAGACGUCCAAGCAGGACGCGGCAUACGAUGCCGCUUUAUCUAUGCAUUCUCAUCAUGAUACGAACCACACCGUGGCAGUCGCGGUGCGGGACCAUACGCGCUCAGCCAAGCUAUAAUUACGAAGGCUGUAGAUGGCGAUCGGGUUGCGCCAAACCACGAUGAACUCUC